AAAAUCCAGUUAAUUAUUUACAAGUGUCAUACUUAGGGAAUUUUCACAGGUGGUGGAAACUGUUGAUGGGAGACAGUAAUGAAGAUGAGAUUUAAAAGCUGUUUUUUCUUCCUAGUUGCGCUGUAUUCGGGCAAACUCUUUGCAGAAGAGAAACCGUGUGACUACCCAGCUAUAGAAAAUGGCAAGUUAAGUGAACGACUGGAGUACUACAAAAACUAUUACUUUCCAAUGAGGUUUGGGCAGCAUGCUGAUUACCACUGCAAUAAUGGUUAUUCAACCCCGAGUGGAGAAUACUGGGUUCGAAUGGUCUGUUCUGAAAGGGGCUGGUCUCCAGAGCCAAAAUGCCUCAAAAAUUGUCAUGUUAGACAGCUGCAAAAUGGUUAUUUCGCACCUAGCCAGAAGAGUGUUUACACGGAAGGUGAAAGAGUUAAAUAUGCCUGCUACGCUGACUAUCGUACUGAACAUGAAGAUGGGGAAGUCACAUGCACAAAGGAUGGCUGGUCACCUCCUCCAAGAUGUAUACGUAAAAAAAUGCCAUGUGGAAGCGUUCCAAAAGUUGCCAACGCUCAAAUUGAAGGCAGAAACAAGAAAAUGUACGAGCCUGGUGAAACAAUUCGCUACCAGUGUGAUGUAGGUUUCCUGAGUGUUGGUUCCCCUGAAAUUAUUUGCAGAGAAGGAAAUUGGACAGCACCGCCCUUCUGUGAAGACAUUAGCUGUGGAGCUGCACCUGAAAUUCCCAAUGCUUUUAUUACAAGCACUCAACAGGACAGGUAUCUGCCCGGUGCCAGCGUGCAGUAUGAAUGUGAAAGAAAUUUUCAAAUGGUGGGUGGAGAUUUUGUCACUUGUACAAAUGGAGAAUGGUCACGAGCGCCGACUUGCAGAGAUGUGACAUGUGAACCUCCUCCAGAAAUUGCUGGUGGUAAUGUUCAAGGUGUUAAAAAGUCGAGGUAUUUGCCUGGGGAGAGCGCUCACUAUCAGUGCUGGCAAGGUUUUCAGAUGACUGGGGCUUCCACCAUAGUGUGUCAGAAUGGGACCUGGACAGAGCUGCCACAGUGCAAAGGGAAAGGUGGGAAAUGUGGCCCACCUCCAGUUAUUGAAAAUGGAGACCUUCUUUCCUUCCCCAUGAAAGAAUAUUCACAAGGUACAACUCUGGAGUACAAAUGCCCAAGUCUCUAUGUCCUGGAGGGAUCUCAGUAUAUCAGCUGUACUAACGGGCAGUGGACAAGCCCCCCCGUUUGCCUAGCGGCCUGUACAGCAGCUGAAGAAGACAUGGGCAGAAACAAUAUUGAGCUGAAAUGGAUCGUAGGAAGCAAGCUGUAUUCCAGAUCGGGUGACUUUAUUGAAUUUCGGUGUAAAAGAGGAUAUGUGAAGGAUCCAGCUUCUUCCCCCUUCAGAGUACAAUGUACGCAGGGGACAUUAGAAUAUCCAUGGUGCAAGCCAGGAAAGAACUGCACACUGGAUGAGAGGACUAUGAAAAGCAACAACAUUCAACUACGGUCAUCAAGGUGGUCGAGCACUUCCACCUAUUACUCCGGGGAUUAUAUUUUCUUUGAAUGCGGAUGGUGGUACCGACCAGUUUCACACCCUGAGGAGUUUAGCCCAGAGUGUCUGGAUGGAGUGAUUAAGUAUCCUACAUGUGAACUAAUGAAGAUGAGAUUUAAAAGCAGUUUUUUCUUCCUAGUUGCGCUGUAUUCGGGCAAACUCUUUGCAGAAGAUAAACCUUGUGAUUUGCCGCACAUAGAAAAUGGACAGAUUGCCCAGUACUAUUACAAUUUCAAAAGUUACUAUUUCCCUAUGCUUAAGGAAAAAAAACUCUCCUAUUCUUGUAUGGUGGGUUAUACAACUGAAACCGGGACUCAGGAUGGAAGAAUAACUUGUACAGCGAAAGGAUGGUCUCCAGUGCCACAGUGCUACAAAAAAUGUAACAAGCCUCUUCUGGAAAAUGGCUUUUUUUACGGUACAGAAAUGUACUUCAAAAUACAGGAGAAACUGCAAUACAAAUGUCACCCAGGCUACCACGCUCCGAAUGGUGGCACUGAAGAUACAGUGCAAUGUCGGCCAGAAGGAUGGUCCUCCCAGCCAAGCUGCACUAAAAAAUUUGAGUCAUGUCAAGUACCCAAUUUACAUCACGGCAGCUACUUCACAGCCCAACAAGAGCUUCGACUGAAUGAAACGCUGCUGUACAAAUGUGAUGAGGGAUAUCAUACUGCAGGAGGAAACACUACAGAAGCAGCAGUGUGUCUAACACAUGGGUGGUCCCGGACUCCAAACUGCACUAAAAUAACUUGCUCUUCUUUGAGUGCAAUAGCACACGGAGGCUUCUAUCCCGUGAAGAAGAGCUACGAAGAGGGAGAUGUAGUUCACUUUUUCUGUGAGGAAAACUAUUCUGUCAGUGAAUUUGACCUCAUUCAAUGUUACUAUUUUGGAUGGCAUCCAGAGCCUCCCAUGUGUGAAGAUGUAAAAAAUAAGUGUCCGCCACCACCGCUUCCUCCUCAUGCCCAUAUCAUCACAGUUAGAAGAACAUACCAUAACGGAGACAAAGUUCACAUACAGUGUCAAAGUACCUUUGAAAUGCGAGGAUCUGAAGAAAUCCAGUGUGAAAAAGGAAAAUGGACAUCACCCCCUAUUUGUAUUGGAACUAUGGAUAAACAGGAAUCUGAGGCACCACCAUCACUUGAGGCGGAUGCAGCCCCAAGGGCAAGCAAAACAUAUCGCAGUGAAGAUACGAAAAUGCAGCAAAACUGUACCUCCCCACCUGUGAUUAAAAAUGGUGCUGUUCUUGGUCCAUUAUUGACAAGUUACAAAAAUGGUUCCUCAGUAGAAUAUGGCUGUCAACAUUACCAUUUUUUAGACGGACCUAGUACUGUUUACUGUGACCAAGGAAACUGGACAGAACAACCAACUUGCUUAGAACCAUGCACUCUUAAUGUAACUGAUAUGAACAACAACAACAUCGACUUGAAAUGGAGGCAGGAAGAAUUAAUUUUCCUACAUGGUGAUCUCAUAGAGUUUGAAUGUAAACAGGGAUACAGUUUUCUCUGGACUACCAUUCCAUCUCCUGGGAGGACACGAUGUAACCGCGGCAGACUGAAAUAUCCGAAAUGCAUUAUGCAAGCUCCUACCAAAAAAUGUGGCUCUCCACCUUCUGUUGUGAACGGAGCCCUUACUCUCCCACCCCUGACCCAGUACGACAGUGGUUCUUCAGUUCAGUAUAGCUGCUCUGACUAUCAUUUUUUGCAAGGAUCUGAGAGAAUCUACUGUUCCGAAGGACGGUGGACUUCACCACCAGUUUGUAUAGAGCCAUGUACUUUGUCAAAAAACGAAAUGGAGAAAAGUAACGUGCUGCUGCAAGCAUUCUAUGUGAAUCAAGCUUACUUUUACCAUGGGGAUUAUGUUGGAUUUUACUGUAAACAGAACCAUUUUGGAGCAGAAUCCGGUACAACUUUAUUUCAAGUGCAGUGUAACAGAGGACAGCUGAUGUAUCCAAGAUGUGUUGAAAGAGGAAAAUAAGUAUGGACUUCAGGAAAGCCUAUAGAAAAG